AUGAAUAAUGCAGCUGUUCAACACAAUGCUUCAGUUCACGAUGUAAAUAGAAAAAGAGUGAAAGUGGUUCAUCAUAUUGCUCAAGGAGUUGUCAGACAUUUGCAUGAAUACAGAGAGGUUGAUAAGUUUCUAGAUGGCUACAAAGAAUGUUUUGGUGUAGCUCCACGAGGUUCAUUCACAUCAUGGAACCAAUAUAACCCUUUAAAGCUUUAUUAUUGCACAAAUGUUUGUUCUGCUUGGAAAAGAAGGGUACGGGUUGGCGGUGAACCUAAAUUGAUUCCAAAAGUUGAGGUAUUGUGUCCACUUUGUCAUCCAUUUAAUGAAAGAGAUGAAAGAUUAGGUGUUGUUAAGAAGCCCAUAUUUUACGACACACUCACUGAUGAAUAUUUAAAACAUAUGGGGACAAAACAUGGUGUCAGCCCUUCAUUCAAUGCUGAGUUGCCAUUUAUUGGUUUUGUUGUGAACCACAAGAGCUACCGAUUACAUGCUAUUUGUCCUUUUAAGGAUUCUAAUGAACCAUGUUUGAAAAUGUCAGGAUUCUGUCAUAAUGCGGAUGGAAAUUUGCUUUCAGGUUACUAUUUGCAUAUUUGGCUUCACCAUAUUAAAAAUGAUCAUUCUUCAGAUAGUGAGGUUUAUCAACCAACUGUUUGUGUUAAUGUGGAUGGGCAAAGUAUUAUGACAAACAACUACUUCAUCCCACUAGAUGCGGGAUAUUGUCUUCAAACCUUAGGGGAACCUUGUGAUAGCUCAAGGUUAGGACCAUUUCGCACUUGCCAAAAUAUCCUGCUCUCUGAUGAAAUUGCUGAUAUGUUACUCCAAGAUCUUGAGGAAACUGAUCCACAUUAUUUAAGACACAUUUUACAAACUCCAGAUUAUAUUAUGAAGCUUAUUUUGUCAGAAGAUUAUGCAAAUCAACAGAAUUCAACGCCAACAAACCCACCUCAAAGAGAAACACUUCAGAUAGCUCCAGCACCUGUGACUACUCAUAAUAACAAUGUAUUAUCUGGACAGAACCUACCACGGGACCCACCCCCAUAUUCCUCACCUGCACAACAUCAAUCAGCACUUUCAUCAGAUCCUAAUUCAAAUGCAAAGCAGUCCACUCAAGAUCCAUCUCCACCAUUUGAGUCAAGCUCACCACCAUCUUCACUACCUUCACCAUCUCCACCACGGCCAUCCAGAAAGUCAUACUCUCCAGCAGAUAAGCCGGCACCAUUACCGCAAAAUAAAUUUCAUGCUUUUACUGAAGCUGAAGUCCAAUCAAAAUUAAAAGAAUAUGUGACGAAUAUAUCACGAAUAAUCAUCCCCAGUGAGAUGACGAGCAUGCUGGAAUCAACAAGAGAUACUGCUGAUGAGGAGGAUGAAGUGUCAAUUGAUGAAGAGGAGGAACAAUUUCCUGUCAUUGAACCAAUAGAAUCCCCAGAUAAACCAUUUAUUUUCCAUGAUUUUGAACAAUAUCGACAUUUUAAGGAGUUACAUCAAGAAUUGAUUGAUGAAUGUAUUUGGAAAAUGAGGAUGCAGUAUCAAUUACCUUUUUUAUUAUCACAGUUGAAUGAAUACAGUCCAGUUUCAAAUAAUUCUAGUGAGUGUCAUCUUGAUGAGUGGGCUAGAUGCAUGACCAAACGAGGUAUUUUGGACCAUUAA